GGCUGAGGGCAGGAGAGCCCCGUCCCGCCCGGCCGCCUCCCCGCCCUCCCUCGGCGUGUUUGGGAGGGAAGGAGGGGGUGGAAGCCGGGCCGGGGCAGGCGAUUUGCAUGAGAGACAGACUGGGAAUGAGCUGGAGCCGGUGCCGCUCCGCGCACACCGAGCGGGGCAGCACGGGGAGCGGCGGCCAACUCCGGGCAAAGUUUGGUGCCGCAGGCCGGAGGUGCUGAGGCACCGGCGGGGCUCAGAGCGGAGCGGCUCGGGGCCAGGCCAGGCCACCGCCGCCGCCCGGGGCCGGGCUUUGUGCUGCCCGCGGCGCGGCGGGGCCUGCGCGGAGCCGAGCGGAGCAGCGCGGAGCCGGCGGCUGGGGCGCUGCCGGCAGAGCCAGCAUGUCCUCCAUCCUGCCGUUCACUCCUCCCAUCGUCAAGCGGCUCCUGGGCUGGAAGAAAGGGGAGCAGAACGGGCAGGAGGAGAAAUGGUGCGAGAAGGCGGUGAAGAGCCUGGUGAAGAAGCUGAAGAAGACCGGGCAGCUGGACGAGCUGGAGAAAGCGAUCACCACCCAGAACAUCAACACCAAGUGUAUCACCAUCCCCAGGUCCUUAGAUGGCCGGCUCCAGGUGUCUCACCGGAAGGGUCUUCCCCAUGUGAUCUACUGCCGGCUGUGGAGAUGGCCAGACCUUCAUAGCCACCAUGAGCUGCGGGCCAUGGAGAUGUGCGAAUAUGCCUUUAACAUGAAGAAGGAUGAAGUCUGUGUGAAUCCUUACCAUUACCAAAGAGUGGAAACCCCAGUGUUACCUCCAGUGCUGGUGCCUCGGCACACAGAGAUCCCAGCUGAGUUCCCACCGUUAGACGAUUAUAGCCAUUCUAUUCCAGAGAACACUAACUUCCCAGCAGGUAUCGAGCCACAGAGCAACUACAUUCCAGAGACACCCCCUCCAGGCUAUUUGAGUGAGGAUGGAGAAACAAGUGACCACCAGAUGAACCCCAGCAUGGAUGCAGGUUCUCCAAACUUAUCACCAAACCCUAUGUCUCCAGCACACAAUAAUCUGGAUCUGCAGCCUGUUACCUACUGCGAGCCGGCCUUCUGGUGCUCCAUAUCCUACUAUGAACUCAACCAGCGAGUGGGAGAGACUUUCCAUGCCUCUCAGCCCUCUAUGACCGUGGAUGGUUUCACUGAUCCAUCGAACUCGGAACGUUUCUGCCUUGGUUUACUGUCCAACGUGAACAGAAACGCAGCAGUGGAGCUCACAAGACGACACAUUGGAAGAGGAGUAAGACUCUACUACAUCGGUGGUGAAGUGUUUGCUGAGUGUCUUAGUGACAGUGCCAUUUUUGUCCAGUCUCCCAACUGCAACCAACGCUAUGGCUGGCACCCAGCAACAGUUUGCAAGAUUCCACCAGGAUGUAACCUGAAGAUAUUUAACAACCAGGAGUUCGCCGCUCUCUUGGCUCAGUCUGUGAACCAGGGCUUUGAAGCUGUGUACCAGCUGACCAGGAUGUGCACCAUCCGGAUGAGCUUUGUCAAGGGAUGGGGAGCAGAGUACAGGCGGCAGACUGUGACCAGUACUCCCUGCUGGAUCGAACUGCACCUCAACGGUCCCCUGCAGUGGCUGGACAAGGUCCUCACACAAAUGGGCUCCCCGAGCAUUCGUUGUUCCAGCGUCUCCUAAGGAAACAUCUCCUGGGGAUGGGUGGGGGGAGCAAAGACUGGAAAAUGGAAUUGGCUUAACCCUUAGUUAAACACACAGUGAACGGAUUCCCAGUUAUUGAAGUGAGGAGAAAAACAAUCUGCUAAAAAGAAAGUGGGUUUUGUUCUAUUUUGGUUUUAUAGUUACCCAUUUAAGCCACUUCCACUGACCCAUUAGCACUUUGGUUCCAGCGCUCUGGGCCUUUGCAGUUACAAUUUGAGGCUGAAGUUUAUCAUGAUGAAGAACUGGACUUUGUUUCAGCAGAGAGGAGGCUGUGCUGUGCCUCCAGCACCCGCUCUGUGCUGCUGCAAGCACAUGGUAGCCGGAGGGGAAACUUCCCAUUUGCCUCACACAGCUCCAGGCUCGUGUCAUGCAGCACCUCUGAAAAGCCAGGCACCGUGGGACUUCAGGAUGAGUCUUGCUUGUCCAUUCCCAUCAGCAUCCACCUGAUCCAUGCCUGUCCUCCCUGGGAUUGCAGCAGUAGGGGGAAAAGGAAGUGUUUAAGGCACACAUAAGAACUAAUUCCCCCAGUAAUGCUCCCAAAAGGAACGUAUUUCCCACGCUGGAACUGCUGACAAGGAGGCAGAGUCUUGUUCUGUGCCUGAGGGGUGCAGCUCAUACCCUGAUGGCCUCAGGCUGGAUUGACAUGAAGCAAAAGGGGCGACACUGAAGGCUCCUGAUACUGCUGCAGCGAUGUUUGACUUGAGCUGCUCGUAGGCAGACGUUUGUCACAUGGAGAGCUCUGCAUGGCCAAGUUAAGCCUUCAUUACCCUGCAGUCUGUGUGCAUUAACCACCAAAGUCUGUAAUUCUGUUUUCUCAGUCUGUUGGAUGGAAUCUGCCACUUCUGGAGACAUCGGGGCUUCUGCUCCAGUGAUGGAAGUGAAAAGGCCCUCGCUGCUGCUUUCAGCAUAUGCAGUUGUCCUGUGCGGUCACAUGUGACUGCACAUGAACCAGGACACCUCAGACACAACCCUCUGAGAUGUGCUUUUGCCUGGAGAAAUUGGGAGAGAGUGUAUUUACUUGUAUUAUAAAACGUUCAUUUUAAACAGACAUGCUCCAGACUGGUAUUUUUUUCCCUGCAGCAACUGUCACGGCAAACAACUCCCACAACUGGAAAAAACCAACCCUUAGCACUUGUUUUUAUGGUUCACAUUUGCCAAAUAAGUCUCAUAACUUUGUCAGUGCUAUCUCAUUAUCUGUUUCUUUAUAUCUGCAUUGAGUAUCAUACGCAUUUGUGCCAAACUAUUGGAAGGGGGAGGGGAGAAAGUGAUAAUCAGUUUCCUAUGGAAAUCUUCUUUGUCUUUUUUGGUUUUAUACAUGAAAGGCAAACGCAGGAGCUGGGUCCAGCUCUGGGAAGGACAGACCCGGAUGGACUUUGUGUUCAUGCUUUAGUUCUGUUGUGCUCCCAGACACGGAACCAAGCAGCACCACCGAGUUCAGCAGCACUUGUCCUGCAGUGCCAGGUUGUGGUCACAGCUCCAGAGCACCAUGGUCCCACACGGGUGCAGACUGCAGAAGCAUUUCAAACACUCAUCAGGAAUUCCCAAGUACCUGUAGAGGCUUUUCCUUCGGGACCACUCCGAUAUGAACCUGGUCCACAAAACCCCAUCGCUCUUGGACCUGAGCAUCAGCAAAACAGGGUACGAGGUGCCCCGUGUUCAGCAGACCCAGGGACAGACCAUUCUCGAUGCUCUCUGCUGGUGUUUGUUCUCUCAGGCACACCAAGGGAUGCUGUGCAGAGAGUUCUUCUGGAAACAAGCAACAUUUUGUACAUGGAAUUGAAUUUCCAAGGAAGACACGCAGUGGUGGACGGGCUCCUGAACCAUCCAGGAAUAUCCUCUUGUGGAAUUCAGACUGGGAGCUCUCACUGUGCCAUACAGCUUGUACGAUAGCGCUGGAGGUUCUCUAGGACUUCUGUUGUUUCAAGCUUUUGUAAUGUGUCUGAUUUUAGUUACAUCUCUGAUUGCAUGGACUUGUGCAAUAAGAGCAGCUGUAUAAAAUAAGUGUUUUCUGGCCACUUACACAGUAGGUCGUUGUUGAGGAUGGAUUUGGCAUAGUCUUUCAGAUGCAGGUUCCUAACAUAGUUGCAAACACAGAUUUAUCCUUGCUUUUGUGGAAGUAGCUGACUUUGAGAAGAGAUUUAGUGGGACAGGGGCAGGAUGUGCUAUGUAAGAUGGCCCCAGGUUUCCUCCCUGAGUGUCUUUAAGUUGUCUUUGCUCAUUUUAGCCAGCAAACGGUUUUCAUUGUCCACAUAAUCAGGGAGGAGGUUGGACCCUGUGGAGCCUUGUGCAUUAGCAACAGAAAUGACAUCUUAAUUCCAGUGUGAGCUGAUGGUGUGCGCAGGAACCUGGCCUGGCCCAGAGGCUGCAAGCUGGAAUAAACCCUGACUGUAGCACGAAGCCAAAGUAAGAUUUGGGCCUGGAUUUCUGGUAGGAACCAGAUUUAGAUCUUCUGCUUGAUAAAGGAUAAUUAAUUGCUGUUACUAAUAGUUGCCUUUUGAAAAAUGGGAUUUGGUUAAUCUCACCUCAUCGUCCCCUAAGUAAAAUGACUUCAAAUGGAAAAUGGAAGCUAGUCUAGCAGCAGUUAGAUAAAAUGGAGAGGAUUAUCUCCACUAAAAGAUCAGUUCCCUCCCCUUUCUUUGCCUUCUCACUAAUGCAUAAAAGCUUUAUGGCUUCUAAAGCUACCUUAUAAAGUCAGAGGGAAAGUCCUGGACCAUGCGAAGAGAGAAGCUGGGGAAGGGCUGGGAUCCAGGGGAUGGUGUGGUCGAGCUUCCUUUGAUGUUGCACAGCUGGAAAGGAUGGGGCAGAUGAAAGCAGAUUCCCCUUCAGAUGUGAAACCUGCUCAGUCGUGCUGUUGGCCAGGACACUAAUGUGAGGGGAGAGGCAGCGUUCGGCCAGAGGUGACGGGUUUCCCUGUUUUCCCAAAACUCUCUGGAAGUAGCUCUGGUAUGUAGCACAAAUGUAUGCAAUCAGCCACGGCCUCGCUUAGAUUCCAUUCCUGUACUGGAAAAUCUCAUUUUUAGUGGUAGUCUUGGCUAGUUUUACCGUAUUUCAUACAUUUUUGUUACUAGGAGAGAGUCACUAGCAGGAACUUGGACUCUUCACUUGAUGUAGCCACACACAAGGGCCUGGCUGCUGGCAGAUGACACUGAUGGCCUUGUGGUUUUCAACGACCGUGGUCUUGUUCUGUUUUGGGGGGGGGUUAUUAUUAUUAAUGUAUUGAACUGAAUUUCAGUUUGCAUUUUGUGUUCAGCUUAGAAGUAAUCCAGUGUUGUGCAUUUGAUUUCAUCUCCAGGAACCAGCAUGGCUGUGUACAAAGGUGGAGAAAUCUAAUUGAUCUCCCCAAUGCUCUGGCUACCCCUCCAUGCCAUGCAAAGGCUGGGGGUGACCGUGGAGAAGGGAUCACAGAGAAGUUAGUUUCUUCUCCCGUUAAGGAUCAGCAUAGUGUGAACCACACAGAGUCCUUUGCAGGGUGAAGAACACCCAGUGAGUGUGGACACAAGGUACCUUGUCCUGCUUACUAGCUGGGAGAGCACAGGCAGGAGGAGCAGCACAGCUCAGUGAAGGACUGCAGCCGCAUCCCAACACACCCGUGAGCUCUAAGGUACUGGACAGGGAGGAAGAACAGGAUUUCACAGAUAAGCUGGUAAGCUAGAAUGAGAAAUACUUAGUCACUAUCGUAGCUGAUUGAGCGGUAUGGUUAAGUUCAGUAGAUGUUUUUAUCAUGUACGUGCUUUUGUAUUUAUGUUGUCUUUCUGGAAUAUUCAGAUGAAUCCAGUAUUUAAUUUCGAACAGAAGGGGCAAACAGGGACUCAGAAUUGAACCUUUCAGAUGUUCCUUUCUGGUGAUUGCUGGAAAUUAGGCAGUUUGAUGUGAGAGGAAGAGAUUCCCUCAGACCUGAGCAGCAAACCCUGGUGACUAGAGCAGAGCAAGGACUUCCCCAGCAGGAGCCUUCAGCCGAGUUGCUGUUGUAGCUUUUAACACCCAGCCAGGUUCCAGAGUUGUGCUCUGCAGGUCUGCUCUGAUGUAUGAGGCUUUAAAAGACAAUGAGGAAUUACUCCAUAAAUGUUUUUGGUUCAUCUUUCAUUUCCUCCUGUACGUGGCUACUGGAGGAGCCUGCAGCAGUCCCUGCUGCUCACUCUCCCCAUGGCAGCAUCCCACUUUCCUCCUUUGGUAGGUAUGUACGAGCAUGUUUGCAUUAGUUUAGACUUAACCUGAGAUUGUAUGUUAACAGGCAGUGAUGCCUCCUACGUGCUUUAGCUUGUUACGCAUUAUCACCUAUUUUGUUACUAAAGGCCUGUACUAUGUAUGCCCUCCUCUUUCCUACGUGAAACUGUAAGUUCUAUUUUUGACAUUUUAAUAAACUUUGAUUGGAAAACAGA